AUGCCACUGCGGCUUCGGAGCCGGCAGCAGCGCGCGCCGGGGCGGCAAGCGGGCUGCUUGCAGGUGCAGGCGGUGCUGACCAAGGAGAAGUCUGAGAUGGAUGUGUCCAAGAUGUCCCCCCUGGGCGACCGCCUGCUGGUGAAGCCGCAGGAGGUGGAGAAGCAGACGGCGGGCGGCAUCCUGCUGUCCCCCACCUCCAGCGGCAAGAGCAUGCAGGAUGCGCUGGUCGGCACAGUGCUGGCCGUGGGCGAGGAUGUGGACAUUGGCGUGGCGGCGGGCGACCGCGUGCUGUUCAGCAAGUACGGCAGCUCAGAUGUGGAGGUGCCGGAUGGCGAGAUCUGCUUUGUUGCCCAGAAGUCGAUUCUGGCCAAGCUGUCCUGA